AUGGACAAUAACAGCAUGAAGAUGAACCUAUUUGACAUCCCUUUGGAGACUCAGUAUCUGAGACUGGUCCCUAUGACCUGCGUCCAGCGCUUCACCCUCUGCUUUGAGCUGACUAGAUGCUUUGAAUUGUUGGGCAUGAAGGACAACACCAUCCCUGACAUGGCCUCUGGAAGGUGCUUGGGAAGAAUGGAAGGUCGACUUGCUGAUGCCAAGUGUGAGAGUAUGGGUCCACUGGCCUGCUGCUGUGGCUCUGCUGGGUGCUCGCUGUGCUGUGGCUGCUGCCCCAAGAUCCGACAGUCCCGGAGUACCCGCUUCAUGUACGCACUAUAUUUCAUCCUCGUGGUCAUCUUGUGCUGCAUCAUGAUGUCAGAAACUGUGGCCAGAGAAGUCAAAGAGCAUAUUCCUUUCUUUGAAGAUAUUUGUAAAGGUAUAAAAGCUGGUGACACCUGUGAGAAGCUGGUGGGGUACUCUGCAGUAUAUAGAGUCUGCUUCGGAAUGGCAUGCUUCUUUUUUUUGUUCUCCCUGCUGACCCUCAGAAUCAAUAACAGCAAGAGUUGUCGAGCUUAUAUUCACAAUGGCUUGACUUCACCAGCCAGGUCAGAAGAGGCCCGGGAGAGCUUGUUAUUUCUUAGUCCCCACUUAGCCUGGCGCUAUGUGGGAGCCAUAGGAGCCUUCAUCUUUAUAGGCAUCCAACUUCUCCUGCUCGUGGAGUUUGCACACAAAUGGAACAAGAACUGGACUGCAGGAACAGCCACAAACAAGCUGUGGUAUGCCUCUCUGUCCCUGGUGACGCUCAUCAUGUAUUCCAUUGCCACCGGAGGCUUGAGUUUGAUGGCAGUGUUUUAUACACAGAGAGAAGGCUGCCUGGAAAAUAAAGUCCUCCUUGGAAUAAAUGGCGGCUUGUGCUUGCUCAUUUCUUUGGUGGCCAUCUUACCCUGUGUCCAAGACCGACAGCCACAUUCUGGAUUACUGCAAUCCGGGCUUAUAAGUUGCUAUGUCACGUAUCUCACUUUUUCAGCUCUGUCCAGCAAACCUGUAGAAUAUGCUUUAGAUGAGCAUGGGAAGAAUGUUACAAUUUGUGUACCUACCUUUGGUCAGCACCUGGCCAGAGAGGAGAACUUGGUUACUGGGCUGGGUACCACCCUCUUGAUUGCAUGUAUUUUAUAUUCAUGUCUGACAUCGACAACAAGAUCGAGUUCGGAUGCCCUGCAGGGACGAUAUACAGCUCCUGAGCUAGAGGUAGCUCGGUGUUGUUUUUGCUUUGACCCAAGGGGAGAUGAUGCUGAAGAUCAGCAGAGUAUGAAAGAAGGAUCACGGGUCAUUUAUGACGAGAAGAGAAGUACUGUCUAUAGCUACGCCUAUUUCCACUUCGUGUUCUUCUUGGCAUCACUCUAUGUGAUGAUGACUGUUACGCGGUGGUUCAGCUACGAAAGUGCCAACAUCGAAACCUUCUUCACCCAGAGCUGGUCCAUCUUCUGGGUCAAGAUGGCCUCCUGCUGGAUGUGUGUGAUGCUCUACCUGUCCACGCUGAUUGCCCCUCUCUGCUGUCCUUCUCGGCAGUUCUCCGUGUGA